AUGAGCGUACAGAACCUCAAUACAUACGAUCCCUUUGCAGACGAAGGGGACCCGCUUGGCGACAGUGCCGACGUUGGAUCCACCGCAGAUUACAUACACAUUCGUAUUCAACAGCGCAAUGGACGCAAGACUCUGACUACUCUCCAGGGUCUGCCUAAACAAUAUGAUUCCAAGAAGCUUUUGAAGGCUUUCAAGAAGGAAUUCGCCUGUAACGGUACCCUUGUCGAUGAUGAGAAGAUGGGUCAGGUUAUUCAGCUUCAAGGAGACCAGAGGGCAAAGAUUUCUGCUUUCCUCGUCGAGAAUGGAUUGGAAAAAUCCACCAUCAAGGUUCAUGGAUUCUAG